CUUUGUCUCUCAUAUUUCUUCAUCACUUUAUUCUCCUCUGUAGCAUUCAUCAACCAAAAAAACUCUCCCUUUUCAACAUUUCUCUCUAUGCUGGGAAUGAGCAAAAUCAUUCCCAAUGGACCCUGACCAUAUUCCAACAACCACCACCAUCGCUGCCACUACCACUACCGACCAAGACCAGAGUUCAAAACCAACAACCGAAGACACUGAUCAAAUCAACAACGAAAUGGGUAGUGGACGCUCCUACGAGUGCGUAUUUUGCAAACGAGGGUUCACGACGGCUCAAGCCCUAGGUGGCCACAUGAACAUUCACCGCAAAGACCGUGUUAAAAACAAGCCUAAUACUCCUUCUAAGCCUGAACCCUUCACCAACCAUUCUUCAACACUUCGCCCGAUGUUGACAACCACUGCUGCAGUGACGACAGUAUCUCAUCACCAAUCUUUUCAAACCUAUUUCCCCACUUCUUCCACUUGGUGCUUGGGUACUACUACCUCGUCACCACCUCACGAUCAUCAAUUCUCAUAUGUACAUAACAACCCUCAAGUUUUGAAUACUUUCAAGGAUCAAAAUUGGACGACAACCAAUAUGAGCCUCGCCUCGCAGUCGUCGCCUACCCUUGCCUUGAGUGAUGGUCGGGACAAGAGAUCAGAUGGCAAUGGUGGUGAUGAUGAUGACGGCGAUGAAGAACUCGAUUUGGAGCUUCGACUUGGACAUGAUCGGUAGUAGUAUUAAUAGUAAUAUUAUAUAAUUCAAUGUUUUUCCCUAUGAUAUAUCAUUUUGUGUGUGCAGUUAUAUAUAUAUAUAUAUAUAUAUAUAUCUAUAUAUCUAUAUAUAAAUCGAUAUAAAUCUCUCUAUAUAUUUUUGUUGUGUGUAUAGACAUGGGGAUUUGUAUUUUACUUUUGAAGAGAGAGCGUUAUUUGAAUUAGGUGCAUCAUCACUAUAAAGAUUUUCAAAUAAAGUAAAAGGCAGUACAAAAUUUUUAUUGAGAGAUAUUGCAUAUGGCCGCCGUCCUCCGGUGCCGGCCGACCGGUUGCUGCUGCUGCCGCCACCGCCCUCUAUUUGUUUUGUACCACAGCAUAAUGUAAGUUUUAUUUUCAAUUUUAAUUUCUUCAUGUUACUAUUAUUAUUUUUCAGCCCUAUACUUAUGAAAGGGUUGUUCCAAUAUGAGAUUAUUGUUAUUUUUUUUAAUAAUUUGUACGAGAGUUUUUUUUUUCUCCUUCA